AACACUGUUUGAGAAGCCGGAUGGAGACAUCAGAUGCGGCGGAACUGCGGAAAGAUAAAGCGAAGCGACUACACGACUAUUAGAUUUAUCAUGAUCGGUUUACCCUCUUAAUCUCACAAUAUGAGACGGUGAGCAGGGAAAUGUCUCAUCAAUUACUUUGACGGACAACAGAGAACAAAAUGUCAAACUAAUGAACCCUGCCAUCAAAGUGUAAUCUCCGCGAAAAUUGAUUAAUUUAGUCUUUGUAGAGUAACCCUGCACACCUCGAGCCCAGAUAAUCGCCCUGCCCCGUCCCAAGGCUGCUGGUAAUAACGCAGACAGAUGGAUAUCAUGUGGGACACACCAGCAGGUAUUCAUCUCGCCGUGGAACGCAAAAGAGAAAGACAGGGAGCCACUGGUUGUAUUGAUGCUGACAUCACCUCACCACCUCAAAUCAUUCUCCAGUCUUCCUCCCCGGAUCCUGGAUCCCCCCGCCCCUGCACCCUGGUUCCUGGCCAUUAAUAAAUCCGUCCGUCUCCCCGUCCUUGCUAUUUGAAGCUGAGGAGCCCCGCACUUUCAGAUACACAGACCGCUCGCAGCGUUGCAUCUGUCUGCCGCGGCGUGUGUGCCUGCGUUAACGCGCGUGUGCACCACUAAAAGAAAGAAAGAGAGAGAGAGAGAGAGAGAGAGAGAACGGGUGAGCGAGCCAGCGAGGAGAGGGAGAGAGAACGGGAGAAGGGAAAAGCUAGCGAUCGAGAGAAAAAGGGGGAAAGAGACGCCGAGUGCAUGAGAGCAAGACAAAGCAAUGAAAUUCAUCGGAGCCGUUUACCUCCUGUUCCUCCUCCCAGCUUUAAGCUUCAACAGCAGCUAUGAGGGGCUGGAAAAGAAGCUGAAGGAGGUUUUCACAGAGAGGACAGGAAUUUUACGACAACUCUCCAAAACAUCAAAGGAGUUGGACAGCAUAAAGGGGAACCUGCAGUCUCUUAAGAAUGAUGAUGCUGUGCCCAAGAAAGAUGUUCAGAGGAUCUUGGAGCUCAGUCACAAGCAAAGGGAUGAGAUGAAGUCACUCCAGGCAGCUCUGCAGAAACAACUGGAUGAUGCAGCUGAACGUGCAGAGAAACAGCAGGCCACCAUAAAGUUCUUAAAGAUGGAGAUGGAAAAGAAGACCAAAAUCAUCAAAGACCUUCAGCAAGAGAAUAAAAGCCUGAAGAACAAACUUCUGUCCGGGAACAAGCUCUGUGACAUACAUGCAGAGGAGUCAAAAAAAAUCCAAGCCCAACUGAAAGAGCUGAGGUAUGGCAAAAAGGAUUUAAUUUUUAAGGGUCAGCAACUGAUGGACUUGGAGAAUAAACUCAAAGUGGCCAAAGAUGAACUGGAGAAGGCAGCGCUGGAUAAGGAGUCACAGCUGAAAGCCCUGAAGGACACCGUACAUAUCUGCUUCUCGUCUGUCCUACACAGCCAGACAGGAAGUUUACACAGAUUUCCAGCCACACCCACCAACCUGUUGAGGUACUCUGCCCUGGCCAACAAUUCAAGAGUCACCUUUCAGCAGCCGCAUGCAAAGGACAUCCCGAAAGUUCCCCGGAUCACAACAACAAGUAAAUUGCCUGUGAGCAGUGUGGUAAUGAGGAGAGAGAGCACAGGACCGAAAGACUGCCAGAUGGUGAAGGUGGGAGCAGACUGUUCCCACAAUCAGACUGAGAGUUCAUCUGAGAUGAAAAAGACAUUUGGACACAGUCAAGCGAAGACCCCAGAGCAGAUCGGACAAGGCCAAGCAAGGACAGCAGAGGAAAGUGUGAAAACAGACGGAGACCUAAAAAAGACACAAAUGGACAAACACAACUAAAGGGACAGUGGAAGACUUGGCAGAUUUUCUGCAUGGUAAAAAUGAUGUCAGAUCUGUUUAAGCCCCUCUUCAUUCACUGAGCUUAUAAGCACACACACGCACACACACACAUACACUGUAGGCAAACACAAACAACAACAGACACAAAAUACCCAGUCUAACACUGCUAAUGUAGAAAAAGAAAUUCCCAACAUUCGAUUUUGAACUUUCUUAAUAAAAACCAACCGCAUAGUAUGGCAUGCAUUAUAGAGUUUUAGAUAUUGAUUUUACAAGGUUACGAUGGUACUGGUUGUUUUUAAUAACUGUUAUUUUUUUGUUCACUAUCUAUUUUGAUUCUAUUUUUCUCCCAAAGUGAGGACACAAUGUUCUUUGAUUUGUGUUGUUUGUAAUUAAAAGCUAUUUCUGGCACCUCA